AUGAAUCCUUCUGAUCUUCCCCAAUGUUCCGUCUUCUUCUUCCUUCUGCUCCUACUUUUCGUUAUCACAGUUCAUGCCGAUGAUAGAUUCACAAACUGCAGUAGCCACUUCAACUGUGGAAUCGUCAACAACGUUGGGUAUCCAUUCUGGGGAGAUAACAGGGCAGAAUACUGUGGUCAGCCUGAUUUCCAUCUCGCUUGCCAACACAAUACUCCAAAGUUGAUCGUCAAAUCUGUAACUUACAGGAUUCUGAGUUUCGACCUCAAUGAUAAGAGACUCACAGUGGCCAGGGAUGACUAUUGGACAACUAUAUGUCCAACUCAACACAUAAACACAAGCUUCGAUUCCACCAUGUUCAAGCUUUCUGAUGGGUUUCGACAAUUCGUCUUGCUUUAUGAUUGCAGCGACAGUUUUGAUGCAAUGAGUGACUCUAUCAAUUCAUCAAGCACAGAGUGCUCCACUAUUGACGGCUCGACGGAAGAAGUCUACUAUGCGAUCCUAUCUUACAGUAUUGAUUUCACAAGAUUUUGUGAGGUGGUUGUUGUUCCUAUAACGAAUGCCUUCGUUGAUUUGGUACUUUACCAUCGAAAGAAAAUCGAAGAAGCAAUAAAAGAAGGUUUUGGAUUAAGUUGGAGCGUAAAUAAUGAAGAGUGCAACAAGUGUGUUAAUUCUGGUGGGCAGUGCGGGCAUAGUGAUCAGAAGUUCACUUGUUUCUGCAGCAACGGAAGUCAAGGAACUGCGUCGUGUUCUUCAUCAUCAUCAGAAACAUCUCGAAAUCGGAUUAAUAUUAUUGCAAUUGUAUCUGCCGGCGGUGGCGUUGGGAUAGUGAUAGUCUUGAUCGCAAUAAUUGGUUGUCGUAGUGGAUGUUUUAAAUUAGGACAAAAGAUUUCCAAGGAAAGAACAUACGACGAUCAUCACCAUGUUGAGACAUUCGUGGAAACUUAUGGCACUUUGGCACCCAGAAAAUAUACUUACUCGGAAGUGAGAAGAAUUACAAAGUCAUUCAAAACAAAAAUUGGCCAGGGUGGUUAUGGAACUGUGUACAAAGCCACUAUGCCCGAUGGUCGUCUUGUGGCAGUAAAAGUUCUCAGUGAGACCAAGGGCAAUGGAGAAGAAUUCAUAAACGAAGUCGCAAGUAUUAGCAGAACAUCGCAUGUAAAUAUAGUCACUUUGUUGGGAUUCUGUUAUGAGAAGAGCAAAAGAGCUUUGAUCUAUGAAUUCAUGCCCAAUGGCUCAUUAGAGAAGUUCAUCUAUAAAGGAGAAUAUUCCUUAAAUCCAGUCUGUGAUUUUGAAUGGAUGAGAAUCUAUCAAAUUUCAAUCGGUAUUGCUCGAGGAUUAGAGUACUUGCAUCGAGGGUGUAACACAAGAAUCCUACAUCUUGAUAUCAAACCCCAAAAUAUCUUGUUAGAUGAAGAUUUUUGUCCAAAAAUAUCCGAUUUUGGGCUCGCCAAGAUAUGUUACAAAAAGGAGAGUAUUGUAUCAAUAUCUGGCAUGAGGGGAACUGCAGGAUACAUUGCACCAGAAGUCUUCAGUCGCACAUAUGGUGGAGUUUCAUACAAAUCUGAUGUCUAUAGUUAUGGCAUGUUAAUCCUUGAAAUGAUCGGAGGAAGAAAGAAUUUUGAGAGUGGAGGGUCACAUGCUAAUACUAGUGAUGAUAUGUACUUUCCCAAUUGGAUUUAUAAAGAAUUUGAGCAAUCCAAUGUUGUUGCAACAAAUGUGUCCAUCACAGAAGAGGAAAAAGAAGUGGUAAGAAAGCUAAGUUUGGUUGGUUUAUGGUGUAUUCAGACAGAUCCAGCAAUGCGGCCAUCAAUGAGUAAAGUGGUUGAGAUGUUAGAAGGACCCAAUGAAUCAGUGUCACUCCCACCAAAACCUUCUCUCUCUUCUCCUCAUCCAAGGACACUGGCCCUUCAUGCUUCAGAUGUCUCCUCCUGCACCGGGCUUGAUGAUUCCAAUUCCACGCCUAUUCCAAUGGAAACAACUGCAUGAAGCU